CGCCAUAGUUACACCAAACCCUGAACUAUAAAAUGCAGCCACUCCUUCAGAGCUUCAACACACACAAACAAAAUCAAAAUCAAAAUCAAAAUCCUAUAUCAUAAUGGCUUACAAAGCUUCUUCUUUACUUGUAACUGUUCUCAUCUCCAGUAUCCUUCUUUCCAUUGCUUCGCAAGCAGUCGCAGCGCGCAAUAGUAUUCCGAAUAAUUCCAGCAAGAAUGACAAGAAAGAGCCUCAGUUUAUGUUCAGGUCUGAUGGUGUUUAUAUUCCAGGCAUCGGCCGUGUAGGACUGCCUGGUUUUCAACCUCAAAAUCCAUUCCUUGGUGGCAGUGGAGGAGGAUCAGCACCAGCAGGUGGCAGUUAUGUUCCUGGUGGCGACGACACCUUGGUUCCGAACCCUGGUUUCGAGGUUCCUACCCCCGGAAGUGGUGGUGCAGUUCCAACACCAGUUUUUCCAUGAUUUAGCUCACUUAUGAGUCAUAAAUAAAUAUGCUCAAUCUUAAAGUAAUAUGCUGCUACAUGUUAUGCAGAGUUCUUAGUUUCA